CUCAUCAUCAAGCCUCAACUUAAUUUCUACUGAAGUUGCUCUCUCAUCUCUACUCAACUCAGUCUCAUAAUGGCUAGAUCCUCUAUCCUCUUUCUACUUCUUGCUCUCUUCACCGUUACUGCCAACUCUGCCUACACCACCACUGCCUCCAACUUCAUCAAAACUUCAUGCAGCGCCACCACGUACCCAGACCUCUGCGUUCAGUCCCUCUCUUCAUUCUCCACGGCGAUCCAGCAAAACCCUCGCCAGCUAGCCCAGACCGCCCUCUCCGUCAGCCUCACCAGAGCCCAGUACGCCAAGUCAUUCGUCACCAAGCUAACCAAGUUCAAGGGCUUGACCCACAAGGAGUACCAAGCCAUCGACGUCUGCCUUGAGGAAAUGGGUGAUAGCGUCGACCGGUUGAGCAAGUCUGUGGACGAGCUUAAGAAGAUGGGGAAGUCAUCCAAGGGCCAGGAUUUCAUAUGGCACAUGAGCAAUGUCGAGACUUGGGUCAGCGCUGCCUUGACUGACGACAACACUUGUCUUGAUGGGUUCUCCAGCAAGGCCAUGGAUGGCAAGAUCAAGUCCUCCAUCAGAGCUCAGGUGCUUAAUGUUGCCAAGGUUACUAGUAAUGCUUUGGCUCUUUGCAACCACUUUGCUUCCCAGUAUUGAAAUAUGCAGACCGUGUACGUAGUUGACUUUGUUCUUGUGAGUUAGAACUAUAUAUGUGUAUGGUUUUGAUCCGCAGUGGCGCAGUAUAUGUAUACCUCAGUCGGUGUUUAUAUAUAUGAGAUGUAGAAUAUAUGUGACCAGUUCUAGUUGUGUGGUAAUAUACUCUUAAUUCUGUUACUCGGAAACUAUGCAAGUGUGCGGAUCUGCUUCAUGCAUAUAUAUAUAUAUAUAUA